UGAGCUGUCCCAGCCCUCCCGGGUUUUGCGAAAUCUGCUCACUCUAGAUAACAGACACCAAAAGUUAGCUGGCAUCGAACCCAAGUCAAGCAUCUUUUUCUUCACUGAGUGCGGCGCAACAGAUCGAGCAGUGGACUCGAAGAUGUGUAUUGCUCGCUGUGGCAAAGCUCUGGGGAUUCUCCUCAUCCCCCUGGCGCUGGUCUCCAUGCUUGCCAACACGCUGCUGCUGUUCCCAAACCUGCAAUCCCGUUACCUGAGGGAGGGGCACAUUACCAAAUACGCUACCUUGGGAACAGGACUGUGGGCGUCAGGACUGUUGGUUCUCCCAGCUGCGAGGGUGUUCAUAACAAGCAGUCACAAGAAAGGGAGGUGCGGCUUUAGGAGUGAAAUGCUGUGCUCGAUUUUAUAUGCUGUUAUAGCGAUGGCAGGAGCUACGCUGUGUUUCGUAACGAGUGGGACUGCACUGGUUGAGGGACCCCUCUGCAAGUACAAUGAGACCUAUAGCAACGGCACACAGGAGCAGGUGUGGGGCACCCCGCUGGAGCACAAGACGCCCAGUCCCAGCAGCUGGGAGGAGGUGUGUUUGGAGCCGCAAGGCGUGGUACUCUGGAACGUGGUCCUGUUCUCCACCCUCCUGGCCAGCAGCGGGACACAGGCGCUGCUCUGCAUCAUCCAGGUCCUCAACGCCAUCCUGGGCUUCUUGUGUGGGCCAGACAUCAAGCACAACAAGGUCAGCCCAGUGUGAAGAAACAAUCCAUUCACAGAAGAGGAGGAAAAAGGCACUUUAAACCUUUGGAACAGUAGGAACUGACUGUCAGGUCUUUCUCUCAGUUUAUUCAGUGAAACUGAUUUUUUUCAUAGGAGACUCGUUGAAAACUGCUGAAGAGAAAAGUAUGGAAAACUGGUGCGGGUGCUGUUUGAUUUUCGUUUCCCAUGCUGUCGUCUGGCAAUAGCAUAGGACUCUGCACGGGGACAACAUGCUUUCAGAACAGGAUGAGGCCUGUGUCCAACACCACCUUUUCCUUAAGACUGUCCACAGAGAGCCUGCUCCACCACAUCUCUGUGCCUGCUUAGUCAUUCUGAAAAGAUUUUGCUGGGGCUCACGUUCCACCAUCAGUCUCUAAAAAUAGUUCUGAUUCUUGUUCUGUUUUUUUUUUUUGCCUUGUGGUGGCUCUGUCAGUAAAGAUGCAUACUUAGAGUGUAGUGUGGCCUCAAGGGCUCAUCCAGCUAUUAAACAGGCUGGGGCGGGGGGCAACUGGCCCCUUCUUGUUUGAAAGUGCUCUUUCAUUUUUAUCAAUGGUAAAACUCUGGCUAAAGUUAUUAUCCCACUAUGACUGGGACUCUGCAGUCAUAGUUUCACAUCACCUUCAGUGUGGUGUUGAGCAAGGUAUCCUUAACUUAUCACUGUUUGCUCAGGACAAACCAACUUUCCUGGUAAAAGGAUGACUAGGAACCCUUCAAGUGUGAAAUGAAUGCAUUUAAAUUUACCAGCAGCAUAAUUUGUUCAAUGUAAAUCUUCCUCAAUACCAGUAGACAGGAAACUGUAAAAUUACUGAUAUGUGCAUUUUUGGAAAGACCUAUAUGGAGUAUUUAUUAAUGCUCACAAUCUUUUUAUGUAUUAAUUAAUUUCAUUAUUAAAAUAUUAUCAUGAGUGAUUUCAAUAUUUUAGCACCAGUUAAGUAUUUGGAUACUGGACGUCAUGUAAUAUGCAGCGUUAAAUUUGACAAAUACAUUAGGAAGAGCUGAAUAUACUGAGAGGCAAUGGAAAAGCACUUCCAUUAGUGAAAUGUCUUAAUGGCUCCAAGGAGCUUCAUAUGGACAAUUCUUGCUUCAGCAGACUGAGGAUCACAGCGAUUAUAUCACACCAUUAAAAUGCCACACAGAAAACAUGCUUGCAUUCAUCACUGCGUGUUACAAGUGAAGAUUCCUCUUUGCGAUCAGUAAUCACAGCACCUUGCAGAUGACUGGCGGAAGUCAUUAUAAGGUAGGGCCGGGUACUAUACCCAUGCAUUAUGAUAUCAACAGACUGAAUGGCAUUUUAGAAAAUUACUGCACUGUUACAUUCAUUGCACACUUGUCAGCAAUUCAAUGGUAACAGCUGUUUCAUCAGAAGUAAUGCUGAAGAAACACUUAUUUUACACCCACCAAAAAAUCCCUAAGCAUUUACUUUCAAACAGAUUGACAACGAUGGUGAUAUUACUGUAUAAUUUCCCAAAAAUGGAUAAAUAUUUCUUUUCGUUUCUGGUGUACAUUGUUUGAAUAAAUGAGAAUGUACUGUACCGAUGA